AUGCAAGCAAAUCAGAUAGUAGAGUUGAGGGCACUGCAAUCUCUGAGAGAAAUCUACGAAGAAAGUGAAGUAAUUAAAGUAAAUCUAAAAAUUCCAAAAUAUGUUUGCCUAAUAUCAAAAUUGGAUGGAUAUAAAAACCCAUAUUUUUUUGAUAGUGAAUUAGAAUGUUGGGAGGGAAGAGAUUGCACAAUUUCAGGGAAGUUUAAGUUUUCAGCAUCCGAGGGAAUCCAAGUAAUUAAAGAAAGCAUUUGUUUAAACCCAAAAACGGAAUCAAUAAUGGUAUUUAUAACAAAAAAUCCGGGGGAUUAUAACAAUAAAGAAAAUAAUUUGGGUAUCAAGCUUCUUGAAAGACAAUAUAAGAUGUUGAAAUCCAGCAUUAAUUUUUUUGAAAAGUCGGAAAUAAAUGAAUACUAUGAAUACCCCUUAAGCCCAACGAACCGUAAUAUUAAUAAUAGUUUGAAUUUAAAAACAAGCUGGAAGGCUAUUAAAAUAUUUUGGUUUGAAGAGUGUAGUUUAGUAGGAAAAGAAGGAAUAUAUUUGGCACUUGGAGUUGAAAUGCCUCUUAGAAGAAGCUUAUCUUCAUUAAUGAUUUCAGGAAAUUAUAAUGACUUGAAUUCUUUAAACGAUACGAAAUUAAACCAUAUAAUAGGGCUAAUCAAUUUGGUAAUUAAAUAUAUUUCAGUUAUUAGAAAUGUAUUUUGUAAUACUUCUUAUCUACCAAUUUUUCUCUCAACUGACUCAAUUCUUCUGGAUAUAGAAAAAUCCAUUGAAGAAAGCAUUUUAAAUAUUAGUGAAAUAACUCUUACCGAUAUAGGCGAGAAAUCAUAUUUAGAAGUAACUAAAUACUCUACUUAUGGGCAUUUAGAUUGUUUAUAUCCAAUUCUUAAUGUCUAUAAAAACAACAAGUAUCUUAGUCCUGAAAUAGCAAUAUCCUAUUUUAUUGAAUGUUCUUUAAAGAAGAAUAGAGAAAGCAGUAACAUGGAAAUUGGCAAAAUAAAAACAAUUUACGAUAAUUUUGAUUCUAGAAUUUUGAAAAAUGCUUUAAAUCAAAGGAUUCUAAACAAAUGGCAGCCUUUAAUCUUUUCCGGUGAUAUAAUGUUUUAUGAUAAAAAUAAUAACGUGCAAAAUGUUUUUAAUAAUCAAGAUAACAUUACAGAUAUGAUUAUUCAAAAGGAAAUCAAUUUGAUUGUAAGGAUUGGAAUGCCAUCCGUUGUUUUUUCUCUCGGUUUGUUAAUUUCGAAGAUUUUUGGUGGUAAGGACCUUGUAGUUUCUUGUGACAAUGAUACUUUGCAUUCAAUUGAUUGUUUGUGUGAGUGGAAUUCCUGUGGUGAUUUUGUACCAUUUAUUGGGAGAGUUAAAGAAGAUAAUGUGAUGAACUCUCUUUCUGGAAGAAGAAACCAGUCUGUAGAAGAUAUAUUGCCUGAACUUGACUUAAAAAUUGGGUUGAACCCUCAAACAUUGCAAUUAAAAAAUAAAAUUCAUAAAUUGUUGUGGGGUUGCCUAAAUUUUACUCCAUCACAAAGAUUAACACUUGCUCAAGUUGAAUAUGAACUUAGAAGGAUAAGUGACGAUUUUGCAUUCAUUUAUCACCAAAGGAUAAAUAAAUUUGAAAUCAAAUCCACUGGUCGUGUUAAUUGGUUUAAUAAACUAAAAGUUAAUUUUAAAAAAAGUGCUUUAUCUAGAUCUUCCGAGAAUAAUAUUGAUAUUAAUUAA